GAUCAGACUAUAAAGGCCUGCUGGCAGCCUGCGUUGGGGUACCUUUCACUUUUCUCUCCCGGAUCAGAAAGGACACCUCACCAUGAAUCUGCUGACCACGACGCUGUGUCUCUGCCUGGCCCUGGUUGCCUGCCACCACCAUGAAUUGGUUUCUGAGCCAAUGGACAUCGCCAAAGAGGAACUGGACCGCUGCAAAGGCCUGGAGAUGGAUGCUGUGGCGGUGGAUGAGGAUGGUGUCCCAGUCUUCUUCAAAGGUGACCACCUUUUCAAGGGUUUCCAUGGCAAAUCGGAGCUGUCUAACGGCACAUACGAGGAGCUGGACGAUAUCCACACACUGCGCCAUGUCGACGCCGCCUUAAGCAUGAAUUUCAAUGAGAGUAACGAUGCCUGCGUGUUCUUCUUCCUGGACCACAUGGUGUUCAGGUACAUCCAUGAGAAGCUGGUGGCGGGCUAUCCUAAGAGCAUCUCAGAGGCCUUCUCUGGCAUCCCGGACCACCUGGAUGCUGCCAUGCAGUGCCCAAAGCCUGUGUGUGAAAACAACACUGUCAUCUUCUUCAAGGGCGACAAAAUAUACUACUACGACGUCGAGACCACGGCCGUUGAGGUGAAGGAGUUCCCAGCCAUGCCCAACUGCACGUCGGCCCUCCUCUUCAACGGGCAAUCCUACUGCUUCUUCGGAACCCAGUUCGUCGAGUUUGACCCCAAGACGGGGGCGAUCGACGGCAGGUGGCCCAAGGAGGCCCGAGACUACUUCAUGAGGUGCCCCGUGUACGGAGAGGGAAGUGUCCACCUGGACAGAGAGCGAUGCAGCCACGUACACCUGGACGCUGUCACCUCUGACGACGCCAAGACCAUCUACAUCUUCAGAGACCACCAUUACCUGAGCAUUGACAAGGUUAACGGCACCUUCGAAUCAGACACCAUUGACAGUGAGUUCAAAGAGGUCCACAGCGAUUUGGACGCAGCCUUCGCCUUCCAGGGCCACCUCUACAUGAUGAAGGGCGACCACGUGUUAGCCUACAAAUCGGGAGAGCCACCCACCCUUGUGGAGGGCUACCCCAAGACUAUGAAGGAGGUGCUGGGCCUUGACGGGGAUAUUGAUGCUGCCUUUGUGUGCCCGGGUGAUAAAGUCGCACACAUCUUUCAAGGUCAAACUGUCUACGAAGUGAACAUGACGUCAAGCACCCUACCCCGCGAAGCCGUCUUCGACGCGCUCAUGCCUCUCUUCAAGAAGGUGGACGCGGCCAUGUGCGGAGAAACGGGGGUUGACCUGGUCGUGGGCAGCCACUUCUACCACUUUGACAGCACCAAGUUGAUGUUCCUUGCCCGGUCCCUGCCCGAACAGCAACGCGUGUCCCGGGUGCUCCUUGGAUGUGACCACUAAAUUUUUCCUGCUUGCAAAAUAUUUUACCCAAAAAGUGAUCUCGCUAUAGUGCCCCGUGAACAUGCUGCACUGAGUGUGUUUUUCCAUUAGCGACCUCUAGUUGUCUUGGUUUGUUCGAGGAUACUGAAUGACGCCAAGAUGGACACGUUGUCUACUAGGCCUAUGGAAACCAAAGCCAAUUAAUGUGUUUUUUACACGACCUCAUUACAACUUGAAAAUGCUGUCUUUUUCUACUUGAACAAAUUACACCAAUUAAUGCGACUAGAUUUCCAAACUGCAGGUUGAUCAACUUGGUGUGAGUUGGCUCUUUGAACUGAAGUUGCAUUUGCAAUACUGAAUUUGUCAAGGUACUUCAAAAUAAAUGUAUAUGUCACACACUUAA